AUGGCAGAAGCAGUGGUGACAAUUGCUCUAGAAACCUUGCGCGAUUUGUUAUUGGAACAAGCAAGGUCUUUAUCUGGUGUGGGUGAUGAACUGAGGGAGCUCGAGACGCAGCUCACAGAGAUGAAGUGUCUGCUCAAAGAUGCUAACAGAAGGCGACAUGAAAGCAGCAUCAUUUUAAAUUGGAUCUCAGAGAUCAAUGAUCUUGUCUAUAGAGCCGAAACUGCCAUUGAAAGACACACAACUUAUCAAGUGUUAUCAAGCAGAAGACGAGGUCUUAGACAGCUCGGCCAUAGUUUGAAAAAAUACAAAUCGCUCAACCAACUAGGCUCGGAGAUUUCACCAAUCAAAUCCCGUCUUGAAAGGAUAAACAGGGAAAUGUUAGAAAGUGGAAUAAAGAAGAACAUCAUCAACAAUACAGAUGGAGGGGAGAGCUCGUCUGCCAACAACAGGGCAAGGAAGAGCUUCCCUGAAUACGAGAUCGGAGACUGUUUUGUGGGGAUGGAGGAUGAGCUCAAUCGGCUUCGUAACCUCCUAAGGCAAGACAACGAGGAUAGAGUUAUAUCAGUUUGGGGAAUGGGGGGAUCAGGCAAGACCACCAUCGCUAAAAAGCUCUACAACGAGACCAAGACCAGCUUUGAUCUAUGCGCAUGGGUUUGCAUCACUCAGCGAUGUCAGAAUUUUCAAUCAGUUUGGAAGGAUGUUCUCAAACAGCUAGAGCCACAAAUAAGGGAGGACGUUGUUCCAAGUCUGAGCGAGUGGGAGUUGACUGAGCGACUAUGCAAGAUACAAAGAGAAAAGCGAUGCCUCAUUGUUGUGGAUGAUCUUUGGAAAGUUUCUGAUUGGAAUGAGUUGAAGCAUCCCUUCAUUAUCCAGAGUUUGCAAAGCAAAAUCUUGAUCACCACACGGGAAGAAGAAGUUGCAGCGAUUGGAUGCCCAGUAAAACUUGGGCUUCUAAAUAUGAAAGAUGCUCUGGGACUACUCAAGAAGAAAGCCUUUCCACAUGCUAAUAUUCCAGAUUUUGCAUUGGAAGAAAAUUUUAAGAAAAUUGGGAAAGAAAUGGUGCAGAAAUGUGGGUAUUUGCCGUUGGCUAUUUCUUUACUCGGUGGGGUCUUGAGAAUGAAAAAUUCGAUUAAGGAGUGGGAGUUAGUAAAUGAGGAUAUCAAAGAAUUCAUAUAUAGAGAUGAAAAGGAGAUUGAUGGAGUGCUAAAUUUAAGCUAUGAAAGCUUACCCUAUUAUUUGAAGCCUUGCUUUCUCUAUAUGGGUAUAUUCGAAGAGGACGAAGAUAUAGAUGUUGAUGAUCUAUAUACUAGAUGGAUAGCACAAGGCAUGAUUUCAUAUGAGAAUAUUCGAGACAAGGACAAAACUUUGAUUGAAAUUGCCGAGUUCUACUUGGGUGAGUUGGCCUCCAGGUCUAUAGUCCAAGUCGAAAUUUAUGAUGGUGUCACACCUACAAUAAAAUACAAGAUGUGCAAACUUCAUGAUGUAGUAAGAGAACUAUGUUUGAAAUUGGGGAAAAGGGACGAUUUUGGUGUGCUCAGUUUGAAGUAUCAAAGUGGGAAACUUAGUACCUUACUACAACAAGCCUCCUCGCAUAUGAAAAUACGACAUUUGGCAAUCCAUUUCCGAAGAGAAGUUGAACCUGACGAGCUUGGAGAAGAUAGUUUCAAACAUUUAAGGUCUCUUCUAAUGUUCAAUCACAGAAAUACUGUUGAAUUUCCUCCACAAAGUAUCGUUGAUUUUCAGAAAUUCAAAUUGCUAAGAGAUCUAGUUAUGGUGGGAAUGAAAUUUGCUGGAAGAAAGUUACCAAGAGGAAUCACUAAUCUUGUUCAGCUUAGACAUUUGCGUUUAGAAAAAUGUGAAUUCGAUAAGCUACCGUCGUCCAUAAGGAAUUUGAUAUAUAUGGAUACCCUUGAUUUAAGUGGUUCGAGUAAUAUCAAAGUUCCAAAUGUUUUUAAGGCGAUGUUGCGAUUAAAACACUUGUUUUUACCUUAUUAUGGAAAAGGAAAAAUUGAAAAUUUUCGAGUAAGAUUGGACGAAGGGGUAGAUGAGUUGGAGAGUCUGAUGGGGUUGGAUAGUAGAGUGCAUGAAUUAAAACGUGUGGGUAGAAUGAAGAAUCUUCGACGUUUUGAAGCAAACAUACAUGACAACGAAAGCUUGUCAGCCAUCGUUGACGCCGUUGCAACCAUGGACAAAUUAGUGGCUUGUAUGUUUGAUAUCAAAGGGGAUUGCGAGUUAGGAACAAAUGAGGAAAUGUUGAAAAAGGCAUUGACAUGUCCCAAUCUUCAUGUCUUGUCAAUUAGAGUUAAGUUAGGGAAUGCGCUAGCAGAGUGCGAGCGUGACUUGGUGAGCUCAAAACUUACGCAUUUGCAUAUGUUAGAAUGUGAGAUUGAAGAUGAUCCAAUGAGGAUACUGGGGAAGCUUCCUUGCUUGACAGAUUUGUAUUUAUGGAGGAAAUCAUUUGUAGGGGAGGAGAUGGCGUGUCCAUUAAACAGUUUUCCUUGCCUCAAGAACCUUUUUCUAUUAAAAUUACCAAAGUUUAGGGAGUGGAGAGUGGACGCAGGAGCCAUGCCCCUUCUCUCUCAAUUACAGAUAGAUGAGUGUUCUAGUCUGCAGAUGCUUCCAGAUGGAUUGAGUGGCAUUUCUACUCUUCAGAAACUGGAGAUUUAUAAAAUGCCGGAAUUGGGAAAAAGGGUAUCGGCAUCAGGAGAGGAUUUUCACAAAGUCGGCCAUGUCCCUUCAAUUAUCAUCCGAAACUAAUCUCCACCCAGGUAAGUUAUUGCAUUUCUUGCAUUUUCAAUUUUAGUUUUAAUACUAAUAUAUAUAUUCACCAUAUUUAACCCUUGUAUGUAAUUACCAAAUUGGCGGAAAACAUCUUUUCAACUGGGGUUUUCAUUAAUGCUAGAAUUGAGGAAGAGGGUAUCACCAUCACCAUCAAGAGAGGAUUGCACUCUUUUCUCACAACCUUGUUUCACUUCAAUUGCUUAUGAAAUAAAUGUGUAUAUAUUUCUUUUGUACAUUGCGCCAAACCUGACAUCGGAGUGGUGACCAUAUUACAUUCCUUGUAUUAUUAAUGUGAUUGAAUUUGAUCAUUCUGCACAAUUUAUUCUAGACUUGCUUAGUUCAGUUGUUAUAUUGGGUAGUUCUCUUUUUUCUACAAGAGAUUUCUCUAUAUGAGAUUUUAAACUUUUCUUUUCUUGAAUUGUUACUUUUGUUGCUUGGUUGUUUAGAAUCCAACAAAUUCAAAAUUGGGUUGGUUAAUGUUCUGAAUUUCUGGUUUGAAUUGAUGGAUUUGAAAUUAUGAAUGGUGUAUUUUUAGUGUUGGUCAAAUAAGCUAGUGUGAUGAGGUUGUUGGCACCACUUGUGUUCUUUCUCUGAUCUUGAGGUGGUUGUUUGUGGCUUGCUUUGGUCUUGUUUGGAAGGAUUGUUUUCCUUUGUGGGUUUUUGGGGGUUGUGGUCGGGCUUGUUCGUUUGGCUCUCUGUGUUUCUCUCUUUUUUGCUCGGCUUCUUUUGUGUUCUCCUUUGGUUUUGCAGGUUUCAGGGUGCUUUGGACUUCGGUGCUUGUGCUUAGGGAUCCUGCUUCUGUGGCUCUUCUUGUGGUCUUCGUGUGUUUUGGGCGUCUGCUUUGGAACGUCCUUGCUCCUGCUGCUUAAGGCGUUUCCUUGCUUCAGUUGGUCUGGCUGUUAGUUUUUUCUGUGGUUUUUGUUUGGGUUUCUGUUUUGUGGAUCGGUUAUCCUAGGGGCAAUGGUUCGGCCGGAGCUUCUGAGGUUGA